AUGAGCACCGGCCGUGUCGCGGCCUACGGGGCCAUCGGCCUAUCCGCCCUCUCCGUGGCCAUCCUCCUCUCGGCCCUCCCCCAACUCAUCAGCCGCAUCUCCGACAUCCAGGCCUCCGUCGACGCCGACAUCGACUCGUUCAAGCGCACGGAAUAUGGCAUCAACCAACAAACCCGUGCUCGCUUCCCGGUCGUGAUUCGCCGUGAACGCCGUCACGCCGGCGGCCAGUGCUGCUGCAACGAGAACAACGGAUGCCCCGCCGGCCCACCCGGUCUCCCCGGAACCCCCGGUUUCGAUGGAGAGCCCGGCCGCGACGGAGAGGCCGGACGCCCCGGUCUUGCCGGAAACUACCCCGAGAUCGACUACGACCACUACAACCAGUGCCGCAUCUGCCCCAACGGACCCCAGGGACCCCCUGGAGCCCCUGGAAAGCAAGGAGCUGUCGGAGCCCCCGGAUCUACUGGAGCCCCUGAGGGAUGGUUUAUGAGGCGCUUCCAUCACUAUGGAAUCACCAGUUGGAUGGCCGAGUGG